CGUUUGAGGAGGAGGGGCUUGCUCUGUGACUCGGAAGUGCUUCUUUCCGCUGCAAGAACAGGAGAUUGCAGAGAUUGCUGGGGUUUGGAGUUGGCGGCUGUUCGCUGUGCUCAGAAUGCAGCGAUUACUGUUUCCGCCCUUGAAGGCCUUGAUGGGGAGCCCUUGCUUCCGACUCCUGGUUCCGAGGGCGGCGCCUAGAACGCAGUGUGGUUGCAGCUGUGGGAUCAGGCGCCCCUUGAGGCCAGGGCAGUACAGCACCAUCUCUGAAGUAGCUUUACAGUCUGGAAGGGGUACAGUGUCCCUUCCCUCAAAGGCUGCUGAGCGGGUGGUGGGCCGAUGGCUCCUGGUCUGCAGCGGAACAGUGGCUGGAGCAGUUAUUCUCGGUGGAGUGACUAGGUUGACAGAGUCUGGCCUCUCGAUGGUAGACUGGCAUUUAAUAAAGGAGAUGAAGCCACCGACCAGCCAAGAGGAGUGGGAAGCAGAAUUCCAAAAAUACCAGCAAUUUCCAGAAUUUAAAAUAUUGAAUCAUGAUAUGACAUUGGCAGAAUUCAAGUUCAUCUGGUACAUGGAGUACUCACACCGAAUGUGGGGUCGCCUGGUAGGCCUCGCGUACAUCCUGCCUGCUGCCUACUUUUGGAGAAAGGGCUGGCUCAGCCGCGGCAUGAAAGGACGUGUUCUUGCCCUCUGUGGGUUAGUGUGCUUCCAGGGUCUGUUGGGAUGGUACAUGGUGAAAAGUGGAUUGGAAGAAAAACCGGAUUCUCAUGACAUCCCUCGGGUCAGUCAGUACCGCCUGGCUGCCCACCUGGGGUCAGCCCUUGUUCUUUAUUGCGCCAGCCUGUGGACCUCGCUCUCCCUGCUGCUUCCUCAGCACAAGUUGCCUGAAACCCGUCAGCUCCUGUGGCUGAGACGAUGUGCUCACGGAACAACAGGCCUAGUGUUCCUUACAGCUCUCUCAGGGGCUUUUGUAGCAGGACUGGAUGCCGGGCUUGUUUACAACUCCUUCCCCAAGAUGGGAGAAUCCUGGAUCCCAGAGGACCUCUUCACCUUCUCCCCUGUCCUGAGGAACGUUUUUGAGAAUCCCACUAUGGUGCAGUUUGAUCACCGGGUUCUGGGAAUCACUUCAGUUACUGCCGUCACAGCGCUCUACUUCCUGUCCCGGAGAAUUCCCCUGCCUCGAAGGACCAAGAUGGCAGCAGCGACUCUGCUGGCUUUGGCGUAUACACAGGUGGGCUUGGGCAUCAGCACGCUGCUGAUGUACGUGCCGACUCCUCUGGCCGCCACUCACCAGUCGGGCUCCUUGGCUCUGCUCAGUGUUGCCCUUUGGCUCAUGAACGAACUCCGAAGAGUCCCAAAAUAACUCUAAGAGGAGCAGCUGCACAGGACUGAAACUGUGUUCUUGAAAGCUCAUGAGAGAGCACAGGAACCUGGGUUUUGCUAAGAGGGAUGACCUUGGCUUAUCAAGUGGUUUCCAAAUUUGUUAAGUAUUAAAAAUGUUUUUGUUGGCCCUGAAUUAAGGCCAGCAGUUUGCUGAAGCUGCUGGUUUCAAGCAGGAGCCUAAAGCAUUGUCUUUCUGUGGUCUGUUGGCCAUUUUAGAACUUAGGAAAUGUAAUGGUCAAUUCAUUACAAAGAAGCAUCUGGAAAAAGGAAAACAAAAGUUUUUGCCUGUUUUUAAAAUAGUCACUGGAUGGAGAAUGUCAUUAAAGGUUCCUUUUUAAAUCUGUUACUUUUAACGUUGAAAUUGGGUUUAGUGUAGAAGAAAUAUUUGCUGCUUCCUGGUAGGUUUCUGUCUCAGGUUUGGAAUGUUGGCAAGCUCUGGAUUCUACAUGCAUCAUCUCCCUCAGCCUCCUGAGUCCUGCAUUCUGCCUACAUAGAAAUGCUUUACGAUCUUCACUUCUACCCGGUGAAGAUUCAAAGGGAGAGAUCGGCACCCCUGGAAGUAGCCAGAUAGCCUUCAACAAGAAAUAGCUACUGUCUUCUAGUGUCCUGACUUUUAUCAAUGAGGUAGAUUUUGACAAGCUUCAUAUCUACGUGCAGCAGAGUGGUGUAGAGGUACUUAGAGAACAGGAGGUAGUCACUAGUAACCCCCUUGGCUUCACCAAGCUCAAACGUGCAUAGUGCCGUUGCAUUGCUAGCUCAGGUGAAUGGAUUAGAUUGCGUAAAUCAGUUCCUGAAAGGGUUUCCUCAUGGACGAAAAAAAAAUGUGGCCUUAAUGGGGGGCAUGCACAAUUUAAACAAAUGCUGACUAAUGAAUUGCUGUGAUUUUGGUCUCUAUUAAUAUUUCACAGGGCUCUCUGUCCUGUUCAACCUUAUUUUUUAAAUCAGGGUCUGGAUGAAGGCAUCAGAUCAGAUUUGAGUGUAGAGCAACCUAACAUUGCUAAUGUAAUAGAUGACAGUCACAGCUCAAAGCUUCCAAGAGUGACAUGUAAAGUUGAAAUUAAUUAUAAAUAUAAUAACCUCAUUUCCAUUAAAUAGGUUGUGUAGGUUUGGGGUGGAGAAACCUAGCUUCAUGAUGAUUUCACAUUGAAAAGACAGGGAUUUUAUUUGGCCACAUACUCAGCGUGAACCAACAAUGUGAUGACUCCAAUAAAAAUUAGUGCUGGUUUA